AUGACUACAGCAAGAUACAGACCUACCUGGGACUUGGUUCUUGACCCAUUAGUGUCCUGCAAGCUUUGCCUUGGUGAAUACCCUGUGGAGCAGAUGACAACCAUAGCACAAUGUCAAUGCAUCUUCUGCACCCUGUGCCUAAAGCAGUAUGUGGAACUUCUGAUCAAAGAAGGUCUAGAAACAGCCAUAAGCUGCCCUGAUGCUGCCUGCCCGAAGCAAGGCCAUCUGCAAGAGAAUGAGAUUGAGUGCAUGGUUGCUUCAGAAAUCAUGCAGAGGUAUAAGAAGCUCCAGUUUGAAAGAGAAGUGCUUUUGGAUCCCUGUCGGACUUGGUGUCCAUCCUCUACGUGCCAGGCAGUUUGCCAGCUCCAGGAACCGAGCCCACAGGACCCCCAGCUGGUGCAGUGCAAAGCCUGUGACAUUGAGUUCUGCUCUGCUUGCAAAUCUAACUGGCACCCAGGCCAAGGCUGCCAGGAGAACAUGCCAGUCUCCUUUCUGCCAGGAGAAACAAGCUCAGUUCUGAAGGAGGAAGAUGAUGAUGCUGAUGAUGCUCCCAUCAAACGCUGCCCGAAGUGCAAGGUUUACAUCGAGCGGGACGAGGGCUGUGCCCAGAUGAUGUGCAAGAACUGCAAACAUGCCUUCUGCUGGUACUGCCUGGAGUCUCUUGAUGAUGACUUCCUCCUUAUCCAUUAUGACAAAGGACCUUGUAGGAACAAGCUGGGACACUCCAGGGCAUCUGUUAUCUGGCACAGAACACAGGUGGUAGGAAUCUUUGCAGGAUUUGGCCUUCUCCUUUUGGUGGCCUCCCCUUUCCUGCUCCUUGCCACACCAUUUGUUCUGUGCUGCAAGUGCAAAUGCAACAAAGGAGAUGAUGACCCUCUGCCUACCUAG